UUUUACUUCCGUUUAUUUCCCUAAGGCUCCUAGCACUGAGGACGAGUUCUGAACAUGGGUACUUCCCUGUCCCAGACUUUCGAGACUGAUAAGAUCGCCUCGGCUCCUCAGGCCGCCUCUCCCGCCAGCCGUGCGCCCCUCGAUGCACCCGGAGCCCCGACGUCCCCAGAGCAGCCGCCCGCACUUAUGAACUGCUGGAGCUGUCGCGUGCUCUCCGGGUCGGGGUUGAUAGGUGCGGGCUGUUACGUGUACUGGGUUGCACGGAAGCCAAUGAAGCUGGGAUACCCCCCGGGUCCAGGAACUAUUACCCAGAUGGUCAUCGGCAUCAGCAUUGCUUGUUGGGGUGUAAUCAUCCUGUCAGACCCCAAGGGGAAGUCCCACCCGUGAAUUUGUCAUCUGUCCCUGUCUCCAUGACACACAGAGCAAGCAUUGAGCUGAUGGAUGUUCUGUACCGACAACAUGGACAUUGGCAUACUUCAGUUCUGCAGAUACUACAAGACUGAAAAGACCAACAUUAGUUGGCAAUCUUUGGCCAAGAGUGUUUGUGGCCUUCUAGGGCUCCACAAGGACUAAUAAAUACCUCAGAGAACAGAA